AUGGCUUGCCAGAUCCUGCUUGAUUUUUCGCCGCGCAGCACCUUGACCCUGGGCGACAGCUGCGGCCCCGAGGCGCCCAUGGGCCGCACGCAGACGGGGGCGGUGCGGCGACGCCGAUGGACCCCGCGAGCCAGGACCGGCUGCCUUACAUGUCGCAACCGCCGCGUCAAUGUGCAGCGACACAACGUCAACAUUGAGACUGAGCCUCCAGAUUGGGACUUUCAGCAGGGCAUACGUUAUUAUUUUGAAAUUGUCGUUCCAGGUCGCAGCGCCGAGUGGCUAUAG